AGAGCGGGCUGGCCAAGACGAAGGUAGUGUCCUUUCUCUUUCUUGACUUGGCUUCAAGUUGUUUCGUUCCAAGUGCAUUUACACUUCAAGCUUGGCGCCACGGAGCGUGGUUGAGGUGUAUCCCAUUGAAAGCUGCAAAUCCUCUCCCUCCGCAUUGUCCCCUGUGCUUCCAGUUCUGCUAAUCCAGUACCUCCACUAGUAUGUCAGUUCCAUCUGUCCUCGAAUAUGCUCGUUUCCACGGCCUCGCAACUGAUCACAGAUCCGAAAAUCUCCUGGUACAUCUACGCCACGUCUCCCUCUCGCCUGAACAAGAGACGACAGCUGACCACGCCCUGCUUCUUGAUACCGUUCUCGGCACCCUAGCCAGUCCUGUUGACGAGCCCAGGCUGCAGCUGGGCCAUCGAGAAACGAGACUGCUAUCUGAAAGCAUCAAUGACGUCCGUCCAGCCAUCGAUUGGGAUGUCAUUCUGCCCGAUCCUUACAGGUGGCGGAAGUUGAGAAUCGAAGAGCCACUGCUUGCCACGGAUCAUGACCUGGAAGUUGCAGCGUUCAGACGCGAUGCAGCAAGGCGCUUCGACCCACGAGUUUUGCUGAAUAACAGCGUGUCACUGCUUUCUCCACCUGACGGGCAGUUCAAUGAUGAGUGGACCGAUAUAGACGGCGAUCAGAGCCUCAAUGACAUACAACGAAGGCUCAAGAACGAAAGAUUACAGGUGACGCGGGAAACCUUGAAGAUUCUGGCUGAAGCCAGGUACCCAAAAGCUACGAAGGAUGAAAGAGAAGCCCUUGCGAAUGCAGAGGCGCCCAGAAAGCCACAGCUGCCUCCAUUAAGUCCGGUGUUGGCUAUUGAAGAGAGUUUGCCGGAAGGCUUUUCCCCUCCGGCAACCGAGCCUAACAUCGAUUUGCCGCCCGCCGACGAAACUGGCGUUGACGAGCAUCCCCUAGCAGUAGAAGAAGCGACCGAGGAACAAGUGUUGGCAUUUUCUGAGGCCUCCAGUGAUGAUCUGCUUUCGAAUGACUCGGAGCCUACCAGGGCUGGUCAUGGCAAUACGCCCAGCGCGAGAAUCGAAAUCGACCUCACUCUGAUGGAUUCGUCACCACUGAGUGUGCAAGAUGCAAGGCUCAAUCCUCGGUCGACCCAGGCAGACCCUACAGACGGGAGUCCUGGCCGUCCCAUGGUUGACCAUCAAUCAGAGUUCUUCCAACAAGGGCUCUCAUCGCCAAAAGAACCUGCGUCAACGACUGUGACGGCAGACUGCAGCAGGUCACACUUCCUUUUCGAGAGCAAGCAUGAUGCAAGCAGGCAGCCUUCGCCAAAUUGGCUAGACUGUCAGAGUGCGGGAUUGAAAGGGGACUCUGACGAUGAUAUUGACUCUGUUUUUCUCAUAAUGGCGGAACAAGCCAACGAAGAAAUGGAGUCUAGGCUCAACCGAGGGAUAAAUGGUCUUUCGCAGGCCUGCACAAAAAUCCCUACCCCGUCAAUUGACUCCAGCCCGGAAGGAGUAGUUCAUGUCCCUUCGAAGUCUGAAUUUCUCGCCCGUCAUCUUGACUUAGUCUGCCUGGGUACGUCAGACCCGCCGGUACCCCAGAACGAUAAGACAGUGGACCAGUCAGUCAUUCCUCCGGAUUAUACCUACCUCAGUCUCGAAGAAACAGUUGAUGAUUGCCAAUAUUUUCCGGAGGCGGGAGGAGCCUCAGGCGAUGUCAUCCGAAGCGAGCAAUUGUUAUGGAAACAGCCUGGACUUCGUAUACUGGACGAUGAUGAGAGCAGCGACGAUGAGCUGCAGGAAGAUACAGACCUAGCUGCGCUCGUAUCGAAUCCAACACAAUCACUCAUACCACAAAAAAGAGCGGGAGGUGCCAGGUCUUCCCCGUCAGCACCGAUGAAGGCUUUAGUUGGAAACAACGAAUCCGAAAUGCCUAAAAAGCCGGCCCUCAAGCGCAACGUCACAGAAUCGGCCAGCGUAUUUUCAGUCUCCAGCGCACUAGAAAGCUUCCUGGACUUGAGGGGCAGUAAGUUCAAUUCGUCGGGACAACCAAGUCGACCGAGUAUGGACGAGCUCCCGGAUGACCCUAUCGAGUCAACACAGCCUAGGCGACAGCAAGAAAUAGGUCCACUUGCCCCAAGUCUUGCAGAGCAGAAUGAACAAUUCCACACUCCGAGGGUAUUAGUCCCCGCAACACCACUUUUACCCAACACAGCAAUCAAUUCACAGCUUCCAACCCCAAGCAUUUUAGAAUGGCAGAGGACUGUGAUAGUCGACACGGCUCUGCUCCAAACCCACCGCACUUUGACGACUUACAUGACAAGACAGGGUGCGGACCAACUCACCAUAAUAUACCGAGAUCUCACCUCCACCCGAAGAAGGGACCAAAAGUUACAUUCUCCUGUGCCUGAUAUUAUCUUCAAUCUUCGAGCUGCCAUCACCUUCACUCACUUCCAGGACUUGACUCAGAAAGGUCUGCCGGGACAGGGUGAGGCCGGAGACCGCAGUAUUAUUCAGGGGAAGAUCCUCAGGUUGCUGCAAGAGUUUGACAACGUCUUUGUCCUGGUGACGCUCGAGAGUCAUAACGCAACUUUCCCCCAAGCGGCAUGCAACACGAUCAACCAAUUCUCUGGCUUCUGUUCGAGCAUUAGUACUCACGGCAAUCAGACUGUGUAUCCUGUUUGGGUAUUGUCACAACAUCGCUCCGGACCAGACAAUCCAACGAUGAACAGCAUAGUAUGGCAAUUGAUAGCACGGCAUGCCUUUCCCACGACACCGCCAGCACAAGGUCAACAGGUUUGUAGUAGCCUGAUCCACGAUGAAACACUCUGGGAGCUCUUCUUGAGGAGAGCGGGCCUGAAUGCUCUGGCUGCACAGGUAGUACUUAGUAUGCUAAACGGUCCGGUCUCUUCUGUCCCGGACGUCGACCAACGUCCGAGUUUGAGGAAUUUGGUACAGAUGAGCCCGGAGGCGAGGAUUGAUAUGUUUGCGGAGUUAUUGGGGAGAAAAGUGACGGAAAGGCUGAAUGCCGCUCUUGAUAAGCAGCACCCCUGAUCCGAGGAUGGUUGGCAAGAUUACUGGACAAUGUGUGGUGCUCUUCCACGUCUGAUACGCUGUCGGCGGUGCAUGAUGACAGCUAAGCCACCUAUAUCCCCGGGACUGAUGAACCCUUGAGCCGGCGUACACCAUAUUAACGAGGUCGAGGAUAUGAACAAUUGUAGUCCGUGUACACAGUAGUA